AAAUUUAAUACACAUCAAAGCCAAUAAGAGCUCGAUUGAUAAGCAAUCUAAAUCCGGGUUUCCGGCAAUUGCAUUCCGCAGCUUCUCGUAGAUCCUCAAGAUGCUGGUCGCCAGGAAGCCAGACACUCAGGUCGCUUACAAGCAACUGAAGCGCCACCUGGUGGCUCUAGGAGCUUGGGUGGCCUUCGUUAGGGUGCUCCCAUACGCCCUGCAGGCUGCGCAGAACAGCAAGCAGACUCGCUAAGAGCUCUUUAGUGAUUAAUAGCCUGCACAGGAUGUGCGGGAUAUUUGGUUAUUACAAUUACAGGGUGUCUCGUGACAGACGUGCAAUAUUGGAGUAUCUCUUCACGGGAUUGCGCCGUCUUGAGUACAGAGGCUACGAUUCUGCUGGGAUCUCCUUCGACUGCGACCCUGUGGUGCUCGAGAAAGCCAGUGCCAGCAUCGUCAGCACGCCAGUGGUCAUCAAGUCCUCAGGCAAGGUGGAUGCCCUGGUCAAAUUGGCCUAUGAGGAGGCGGUGAAGCAAGGAAUCGACCUGGACGAGGUUCUGGACAAUCAUGCUGGCAUUGCGCACACGCGUUGGGCCACGCAUGGAGUCCCCUCAGCUACAAAUAGCCACCCGCAGGUUUCCGAUGCAGAACACAAGUUUGUGGUGGUGCACAACGGCAUAAUCACCAACUACAAGGCCUUGAAGGAUUUCCUGAUCAAGCGUGGCGAGGUAUUCAUCUCUGAGACUGACACGGAGGUCAUCCCAAAGCUGUGCAACUACGUCUACAAGAGCACCCAGGAGAAGCUGUCCUUCAACGAGCUGAUACUGGAGGUGAUCAGCAAGCUGGAGGGGGCAUAUGGGCUGCUUUUCAAGAGCGCAUACUUCCCCGGUGAGCUGGUGGCAUGCAAGCGCGGCUCGCCGCUGCUGCUGGGGAUCAAGGAGGCCGAGGCUCUGCGCCCCCUGCAGUCCAGCCCCAUGCGCAGGCCCAACCCGGGCGAUUCCUUCGAGGCAUUUAUCGCCUCUGAUGCCUCCGCCUUUGUGGAGCACACCAAGCAGAUGAUUGUGCUGGAGGACAACGACCUGCUGCACCUAGCGAGGGGCACGUACGCGAUCUACAACGUGUCCAAGGACGAGAGCGGCGCGGCGUACGGCAGCGUGUCGCGCGCGCUGAGCACGCUGGACAUGGAGGUCAACUCCAUCAUGAAGGGCGGCUACGACCACUACAUGCAGAAGGAGAUCAACGAGCAGCCCGACUCCGUCCUGCAGACCAUGCGCGGCCGCGUCAAGUUCGACCGCCAGCCCAAGAAGCGCAUCACGCUGGGAGGUCUGGUGGACCGCAUAUCAACCAUCCGCAGCGGCCGCCGUGUCAUGUUUGUGGCCUGUGGCACCUCCUACCACGCCUGCCUCGCCUGCCGCCAGACCAUGGAAGAGCUCGCCGAGCUACCUGUGUCGCUGGAGCUGGCGUCGGACCUGCUGGACAGGCGGGCGCCGAUCUUCCGCGACGACAUGUGCGUCUUUGUCAGCCAGUCCGGCGAGACCGCCGACACCCUCAAGGCGCUGGAGUAUGCGAAGGAGAGGGGCGCGCUGUGCAUCGGGGUGACCAACACGGUGGGGUCGGCCAUCGCGCGCUCAACGCACUGCGGCGUCCACAUCAAUGCCGGCUGCGAAAUCGGCGUUGCCUCCACCAAAGCCUACACCUCCCAGAUGGUGGCGCUGACGAUGAUGGCGUUGGCGCUGAGUGAGGAUUCCAUCCGCCUGCGCCCCAAGCGCAACUCCAUCAUAGACGCGCUCGGGGUCCUGCCAGACCAGAUCCGCGAGGUGCUGAAGCUGGAUGCUGAGAUGCUCAGCCUGGCAGAGCAGCUGAAGGAGGAGCAGAGCCUGCUGGUCUUCGGCCGCGGCUACAACUAUGCCACCGCCCUGGAGGCCGCCCUCAAGGUGAAGGAGGUGGCGCUGAUGCACAGCGAGGGCAUACUGGCUGGGGAGAUGAAGCACGGGCCGCUGGCUCUGGUGGACGAGCUGCUGCCCAUUAUCGUGAUCGCGACGCGCGACCGCAUGUACCAGAAGAUGCUCAGCGUGGUGCAGCAGCUCCUCGCGCGCGGCGCCCGCCUCAUCAUCCUCUGCAACUCCGGCGACUCCGACAUGCAGGAGAUCUGCGCCUCCGGCGGCUCCCGCCUCAUCCAGGUGCCUGAGACGGUGGAGAGCCUACAGCCAAUCAUCAACAUUGUUCCCCUGCAGCUGCUGUCAUAUCACUUGACGGUGCUGCGCGGCUUCAAUGUGGACCAGCCGCGGAACCUGGCCAAGUCAGUGACUGUGUCUGAGGAGCACUGAUGUGCUAUCUUCUUGGUUGUGGUGGGAAGAGAUCAAUAAUCUUUGCGUGCAAUGCUUCAGUGUUGGCAAGGAAUCGUGGAAUCUCAGCAAAAUGGAGCUUCAUUUUUUUGAUUUUACAAUGUGUCUCUCCAUUUGCUUUUGUUGAAUGUCACAUUACAAAAUGCAAGCGUCCAGAGAAGAUCAUUGCGUCUGUUUGAGCAUCGGGUAUCUUAGGCAAGCUCUGUGUCAUCUAUCAAGUCUUCAGGUGGUCAAGAUGAACUUCCUGGCUGCGUCCCUGAUCUUCUCCAUGAAUUGUGCCGGCUCGUUCUGCCCUGCUGCCUUCGCAGCGUCGAUAUUCUGCUGUAACAGGUCUAUCAGUGC